AUGCACCCGUGUCGAGCACAUUGUCUGCUGCCAAUCACCCUAUCGCUGCCAUGAUGCACCCUGCGCCUGUGUUCAUGGCGGUCCUCGCGGCCACCCGCUUCUCGGGGGCCAUCUGCUUCACGAUGGCGACGCCCCGUUCCUCUCCGUCGCGUCAUAUUCGUCAUGUUUCGUCAGCGACGACUGAUAGGUUAGCUGCCUCGUCACCGCCUUCAUCAUCAUCGUACUCGACAACGCACACCGACAGCAGCAUGUUCGCGCCGAUGGAAGCUCGAGCGGUGCCGUCACUCGACCGGUGGCAAUCGCGACUCCGAGCAUCGGGAGAGACGUUGGGAGAAGAGGGCAUCGCGAACCCUCCUAAGGAAUCAGAAGCGACCAGCAGCGGCGGCGCAACUAACAUCGAGUUAGGCGCCGGCGGAAGUGGGGUCGACUUGUCGAAGGGGAUAGCGUUCGAGGCCCCGAAGCCAAAGGCGUUGGAACCGGAGAAGGACGAGGAGGAGUCUGAUUCGAAAAAGGUUCGCGUGAUCAUCUACACGGUGCUAUCCCUCGUACCGUUCGUGCUGCUUCUGCCCUUCUUGGGGGGCAGGGAGCUUAUGCCCUUAGAUCCCAGCCAAAUGUAGCAUGGUGCAAGUGCCCCUCCCCCCCCGGCCCCCCUUGGUACCGACAUGCUAUAACGACCUAGCUGUACUUGUCGAUAGAUUGGAGGCAGAUUGUUCGGGUUCGAUCGUGGUCAUGAUGGAAGUCUGGUCGUAAACAGCUUUUGGUGUUUUUUGCUGUGUGAGGGGGGGGUUGCACUCAUAGUCGUGCAUCCCGUAGUCGUUAGACCAUUGACCGCAUCCCUACAAAGCCGGGACGGAGCACGCCGGGUUCUCACCCGACCAGGCUCUCACAUAAUCAAGCUCGAAGCGCCGUGAGAUAUUCGGCGAGUCGCAUGAAGGGCUGUGUGAGGGGAGAUUUUUUGGCUCCGGUAGAGCUAGUCAAGGGUUAUUUGAUUGCCGAUUGCUUGGGUUUGCAAAGAGUAGAUAGAAAAUACCGUUAUGUCCUCUGAAUUGUCCCUCCUCCCCCCAAAUUUGGCCGAAAUAGGCACAAAAAUGCUGAAUUUCCCGGGGAAUAUUUUUUCGUUUUUUUCAAGAUCUCCCCCCUACCGUAGAGAUAUCACCGGGGACAUCUUUUUGUGCGCAUAAGAAACGUUUCCCCGGGGGAGGAGUGAAUGGAAAUCGGUUGGUGUGUUUUGUUGAAUGCCGUCUGAAUAAGGUCCGAGGUUCACGGGCUCCGUCCGCGCGUUUCAGCAAACAUCGUUCUCUGAAUCGGUGCAACCGAACCAAAAUUCAAGCAGUCGGUCCUAUCCAACCAAGCCAAAGCCAUUUUUUUUACGGUUUCAACAGAGUACCUCGUAUUGUUCAAUUGAUGUCACGUGUGUGUGUUUUCUGUACAUCUCCUCGGCACAAUUUGUCGCCGGGGUGUUUUUUUUGUUGUAUAUGUCCCCCGUACCGUACAGAUAGCCCCUGGGAUAUCAUUGUGGGCAUAACAGAUAGACGUCCCCCGCGGACAAUCCAGAGGAUAGUACGGUAACUACACACGCUGCGCAUUGUGAUGCUGCUGCUAUUUUCAUGGGACUGAGAAGCACCCUCCACAAGCCGCCAUGUCCACCACCAGGCCUUAUCCGACAUCACGUGUGCGUCGU